AAAUUAUAUUUUUACAUAAUAUUAUGGCUAUAAAAUACGUUAAAGAAUAAUGUGUCUAUUUAUGUGGUGUUAUAAACUUCUUAACUACAAAUAAGUAGGUAAGUAAUUAUAACUAAACUUAUCAGUAAUAACUAUAACUAGUCAUCUUCUAUUAGAAUUACUCCUAUGUACAGGAUAAGACUUACAAAUCGCUGGGUUGUGUCUUGUGUGUUGAGUGGAAACAUAAAUGGUACCACUUACUGAAUAUUUGUGCGUUUCAUAAUAUUAUUGUGAAAGUGUAACCAUUUUCAUAAAAUUAAUUUAUAAUUAAUUUUAUCUUGAACUGCUAUUUUUACUGCCAUAACCAUAAACUUAAAAAUUUUCACUCUGAUCCUUUCAACAUUCCAUCAGGCGUUCCUCAAGGAUCUCACUUAGCCCCAUUGUUAUUUUUUUUUUUUCAUAAAUGAUUUACAUCUUCCCAAUUCUAAUAAAUUACUUUUUACCGAUGAUAUGAAAAUCUUUCGUUUAAUUAAAUCACAUUCUGAUUCAGCUCUCCUUCAAAAUGAUCUAAAUACACUAACUGUUUGGUGUAAUUUAAACAAAUUACCGUUAAAUAUUGAUAAGUGCAAAAUAAUGUCGUUUACAAGGUCUCGAUCUCCAAUUAUUAAUGAUUAUACCAUAAAUAAUAUUGUACUUAAACGCGUUUUUGAAAUUUGCGAUUUGGGGGUUACAUUUGACUCAACCUUUUCUUUCAAUAAACAUUAUUUAAACAUAACAAAAAAAUCAUCAACUAUAUUAGGUUUCAUUAAUAGAACUUGUCAAGAUUUUACAAAUUCCAAUGCCUUAAAAAUUCUGUAUUUUUCACUAGUGCGUUCUUCUCUGGAAUACAACUCGGUCGUAUGGUCACCCUCUAGUGUUGUUCAUAUACAGAGUUUAAAAGCUAUUCAAAAUCAUUUUCUUCGUUUUAUCUCUUACAAAUGCAAUAUACCACGUAAACCAAACUCUCAAUAUACACCGUUAUUAAACCAAUUAAAUAUGACCACUCUAGCUGAAAGGAGAAAAAUCAUCGAUUUGAAAUUUCUAUAUAAAAUAGUAAAGGGUUUUUUAAAUUGUCCCGAAUUACUCAGCUGCUUAAAUUUUAAUGUUCCUCAUUGUCGAACUAGAUCUGCAAAUACAUUUUACAUUCCAUUUCAAAGAACUAAUUACGCGCUUUGUUCACCUAUUAAUAGAUUAAUGAAAAUAACUAAUGACGUCCAGAUAGAUCUAUUUAGUUUUCCUUCUUUUGAUUGUUUUUCUAACUAUAUUGCGCAUCUUUAAAUUAUUUCUGCUACCUAUAUUAUUAUUGUCUAUAUUAUAUUUUUAUAUUGUUUUUAUUGUUUUUAAUAUUAUAUUUUUAUUAUACAUAUACUAUUUACUGUAUUUCUUAAUAGAUUUAAGUCUACAAAAUUGUUAUUAAAUUAUAAAAAAUUGUAAUUGGGUUCUACCCGUUUGAAUUAAUAAUAAAUAAAUAAAUAAGUAUAAGUGCUGAUCACGGUACUAUCAACAGUAUAAAAAAAUGAAGAUAUAUAUUUAUAUAUUUAAAGUAUUUUCACUUCCCUUGGACUUAAUAAGAACCACCUAUAUACAACCAAACAACCCCCUAAUUCCCCUCUAAUAACGCCCCUGAAAAAGGAAUAUAAAUAUUAAUUAUUAUAAUAACGUCGUGUGAGAAAUUCCUACACAUUAGUAAUAAUGUACCAACAAAAGAAACGAGUGAUGAAUAAUAUUAUAUAAUUGAAUAGGAAUGUAGUACCUACCUAGUAUGGAGCAUAUUAAUACAUGUUAUUAAAUGUAUUAUAGUUAACUAUGCGUAUAACAUAUAUUUUAUUCUAUUACCUAUUGCUAUAUAGGUGAAUUAUUAUAAUUAUAAUUUAAUUGCAUAUAAUAUUUUCAACACAU